CCCACUCCCGUCGGGCUCCGGGCGGGAUGGCGGCGGCAGCGGCGGCGGCGGCAGGAGGGGCUCGCGAUCCCUUUGAGGAGAAGCUCAUACGGGUUACUUUAUGGCUAAAGAAAUUAUAUGGGGAUAAGCCUGUUCCAAGGUAUGAGGUGAAUGAAAGGACAGUGGAUAUUUUGCAUGAAGUUAUGGAAUGCAAUGAAGAGAGAGACAGGGAUGUUUCGUUGCUGAUAGAGGACAUGAAGGACCAGGCAGCCAAGUAUGAAGCAGAAGCUAAGUACUGGCAGGAUAUUCUUGAAGAAAGCCUGGGUCUUUCCGUAGACAGUCUGUCCCAAGAAGCCACCACAGACCUCAAUGACCUGGUAGAAAGUGCGAUGGCACUCGAAGUGGAGGACACGUCUCUUACCAGCUUCUACGGUGCCAUUAAUUAUAUGACCUCGGAACUGUUUAAAACAAAAUCAAAAAACGAAGAAAUGGAACUGAAAUUGAACACCCUCACAAAAAAACUAGCUUCAACACUGACGAUGGAAAAGCAGUUAGAGGAGGAUAUUAAAAAAAUAACAGAAUCUCAGGAAGCAGAAAAUGCCAAAGCUGCAAGUCGAUCCAAGAACUUGAUAUUCCUGGAAAAAAAAUCUGAGGAUCUAAAAAUAAGGGUCAAGGAUGCUGAGAAGCAGCUUAUUGCCACGGGCUUGGACCAAUCCCUGACACAUGAAGCACUUGUGAAAUUGUCUGAGGAACUGGCUGCAGUGCAGGAAAAACUUAAGCCAUUGAAGAAGGAAGUGGAGUCCUACCAUGAUUUACCUCCUAGCAUUGCCCUGGCACGAGUGAUGGUUGAAGAAGCAAGAAACGAACUUAAAGCCUUGGACGAAGAGCUCUCAAGGCAGAUCGAGGCUGUGCCUUUCGAGCUGACAUAGCCCAGCAAACCCCAGUUCACCUGAAGUGGCCUAUGUGGAACAUGAUUUUCCUUCUGUUGCCUGCUUACUUGCACUAGCAAUGCAUUUUGGAAUUCUUACUGUGCUCUUCUUUCUCUUGGCCUUGUGUUUGUAAACAUCACCUAUUUUUCAUUAAAGAACCUUCAAACUUGC